GGCACUGGUCUCUGCUCUGGAGUAGAGGGGCCUUCCGCAGCCGUUGGCUCUGUGGCUUAGUCGUCGGCUUCAGUCGGUGUUUUAGCAUGGCGAGCACACGCCCAGCCACCACAGGGCUGCAGUUCUUCAACUUCCUCUCUUAUCACCGCGUUGCUUUUCACUCGCUGCUUAUCAGUUCGCUGUGAUUCGGCUCUUCUUAAUGAACAUGGUGUACUCUAUCGGCCACCAAUCAUAGCCAACUGUUUUGUUAUCCAGUUAUCAGUUAUCGUUCGGUUCUGCAUCGUUCUGUGAAUACGUCUUAUCAUUUAUCAAAUGCUAAGCAUGCUGGCAAGGGUGUGGUUGAGUACCCUGGUGGCUACAGCGCUAGUGCCAGCCGCGCAGCUGUCGCAGGCGAGAGGGGCAGCUGCCACAGACAGCGACAGCGACAGUAGUCGCCCGCCAGCAGCCACAGACAGUGACAGUAGUCGCCCGCACUCGCGACAGAAGCGACUCAUCUGGAUCACGACUGACGGUCGUCUGGCCCUUCCCCCUGGCACCCAUCUCACCAUCACUCCCACUAUAUCGCUGCCCUUCGUCAGGUACCCCCCUGACGGCUUCCUCUCCAACAUGACCAUCAGUUUGCCAUUCACAAUUGAUUUCGACUCACUGGGCUUGACAGACAACCAGAAUCCGUACGGUGUGCUGCCUCCGAUCCUGGCUCGCAGCAUGGGACGAAGCAUGGGCGUGAUGUUGGCAGACUAUGUGGCGUCCUUGCUUGAAAAGCGACGGCGACGGACGUCCAGGGAAGAGCCGGCGCCUCAGCAGCCACUUCCCAAGGGCGUCUUUCAUGGCGGAGAACGGGCAUUGCUUUAUGCAGUCGUUGAAGACCUGUUAGCCAAUUUCGGAAUGGAUGGAAGAGCCUGCUUACUGAGGGCAAUUUGCGAAGUUCAUGGACAGCCUUUGAGUAGGUUUGGACUAAUCGGAGAGAUCGUCCAUCUAUUUUUCACGGCGAGUAAAUCGCCUUUCUCGGAUCUUCUUGAUGAAUACGUGACGGCAGAGAAAGCGGGCAGAGAUGAUGGUGACUGCUGGAGGUAUUACAAGGAUUGUCCCAAAUCAAUAUUCCAAGCUGCUCACAAUAAAUACAAGGACGAGCACAUGGCUCACGAGGAACACGACCUGAGUGAUAAUGAGCUGGCAUCGGAACAUGAAAGCAAACUUCGUGAUAAGAGAACAUCCAAAGUGGACCUGAAACCCAAUAACAUGGGAUUGAAUAUGUAGAGUGACAAGUGAUAAAAUUUGAGACGCUAAAGUUACGAAUUUUGUAACAACCACUCAUUAGAUGUUUGCUUUGUUAUUUUUCAUUAGUCUUCAUGAGAAACUUUCAAUGUUUAUUUUCAGAUUUGUAGUAAACAAUUUGUCAUGAAGCCCAAUAAUCUUUAUUAUAUUAAAGCUGCAAAUGACAAAAAAAUUCACAGCCAAUACGGCUGAUUGUCUCGGAAAACCCACCUUAAAAUCAGUUAGAGAGCACACUGGAGGCUAUGUGAAAACCUCCAAAUCACGAAAUUUGUAUAAUAUAACUUAGUUGA